AUGCUAUCAUCCGAGCAAUUCAAUACAAGCGACUUCAGCAAAAGGUUCAAGUCGAGAUUUGGAGAAUCAAGCCACACAAGUGAGCGACUUCUGGAAGAAAACACUGUUCAAUUUCGUCGACCAAUCAAGGUUCCAAUUAUCGUAUCGCUUUACGCCUGCUGUUUGUUGGUUGCGUGGUCGAUAAUAUGCACGUUUAGCAGGUGCCUUCUAGUGCCGCUACCAAAAGAUUUCUACAAAAACACACAGCUCGGGACAUCCAAGCAAGAAGCAGAUGCUCAUGCUCAUAUCAAUAUCAACUUGCGUUGGUAUCGAACAGCCCGAGUACUCUGGGGAGUCGCCAGCAGAUAUCCUAAGCGGGGGCCUACUCUAAGACAGACUCUGACUCUCACAGACAGAGGAUGGACUAAUCCUUGUGUCAUCUUUUCUUUUUUCGGGCACUCCAGAAAAGAGUGUACAUCGUUCCUGUGGGUGGUUUUGUUAUUACACAUAGUGGGAGGAGUCAUCAAUCCCCUACAACAACUUCUUGUUGGCCAAGGGAUUGGUACAAUCGUCUUCCCCCCGACUGAAAUUAAAACAUUCCAUGAUAUCACGUCUCUGACCGACACCCAUUCACUCGCAUAUAGGGAUACAGGUGCCACGGUGGCUCGGCUGCGACCUACACUAGUCAAUGCACACACCAGCGGCACAUCUAAUUAUAUAUGGCAAGGGAAUAGUUCAUGCCACUUUAAUUCCUCCAAUAGCGAGACUCCAUCCUUAUUCAAAUGCCAACGGGCCACAGUCAAUUCUGUCCCAUACACUCCUUCAAAUGCCACGCUUGAUCUAUUCACGUCGCCUAUGGCACCCACGACAAACACGGGGAUGUUGCGACAGUUUGCACCGAGAAUGAACUCAUCCUUGUCAUGGACAGAUAUACAAAUCGAGGAUUUUCCUCGCAACUGCUCCCAGGGCAAUGGAUUUUUCCGAAACUAUACGUCUCCGAUAGAUGAAAACUCAGGACGAUAUUACAGUUUAAGUGUGUGCAUGCAAGGAAAUCUCAGUCACACACCGUUCAAACGUACCCGGAACAGACAGGACUUCAACGAGACCGUCUUCAUAUCCACGAACUAUUUUGCCGACGAAGCGACUCCGGGAAAUACAACGUGGAAAUUGACGUUAUCAUCGACUCUGGGAUACUUCGAACUCCCAAACAAGAAAAGAGGGGAAUCGUAUGGUCCACUGCUCGAUCAAGAUCCAUUGCUGAAUUGCACUCCUCCGCGUUGUAGUGGACAACAACCACCUACUUCCAGACCCCCCAAUUACGGAUAUGAUCAAAAUGGGAACUGGUAUCUCGAUCUGGUACCAAGCAAAGGGCCAUUGGCAGUCCUGACCCUGGCAUUUUUUGGAAACGACUCUUUUAUCGACACGCACAACGACAUCUCAGGUUCAUUCCACCGAGCGAAUGCACAAGACGAUGUCUGUUAUGGCUAUAACCCAUUGAGCCUGGUCAUGGGGGAAGACGAAGAGUGCUCGAGUGACAGUUCAUUUGGAGAUAGGGUUGCUACGUGGGUUAGUUAUUUUUCAAUGGCCGAAUAUGCAGUCAGUGCGCUCAGCCAAGCGUCUUUGAUUGCAAACCAUGCGAUUUUAGCAUCCGCUCGAGGUGGAGAAAAAUUGACAAUAUAUGAGAGAGGAAGUGUGGAUUAA